UUCCAUGUUCGUGUGACAUAAGAAUUUUGUGAGAUAUAAAUAGAAUCGUUUGAAUAUGUGCAUUACGUAAUAUAAGAUAUUCUCUAAAUAAAAUGCUAAAUUUUAAAUAAUCUAAUAAGAAUAUCUUAAGAUUGAACUUGAAGAUUAAAUAUGUCACGACAACAAAUAAGCGGUGCUCCCAGCAUUGGAUCUUUACUUUUAACUCCUAAACAAGAUGAAUUCUGUUAUUAUGAAGAAAUGACAGAAACGGAAUUACGACAGAUACUUGAAAACGUCGUUUAUUCAAAUCUAUUCUUGAGGUUAGAAAAUGACAUUUUUGAACGAUACCUCGCCCGUCGAGAUCCUGAAAGUCUUCAAACAAUAACGCAAAUCUUAGAAACCGCUAAACGCGUACAAAAAAUUGUACCUCAAUACGAUCGCGCAUCACCCGUUACGAGUCUGGCCGGAAGUCUUGCGAAUUUUCGCGACAGAGAUUCAGUGAGCGUCACCAGCGUGCGAUCCGGAAGUCGACACGUCACGCCAAGUGUUUUAACAGCCAGAGCACCAACGGGAGGAACAAAAGUCUCGUACAUGCAUCGCAUCGAAAUGGCAAACACCGAAAUUCGGGAAUUGCUGCAGGGACUAAAAAAAUUGGAACAGAUGUCGACGAAGAAAAAGAUAUUUCUGCGAGCGCGAAUGGAAGAAAAUCAGAUUAGCACUCGCGAAAUUUUAAAAAAUAGGGAAGAAUUUGAAGAGAAUGUUGUACAGAAAGGCGCAGAUAGUAUUACGGGAAAAAUACCAGCUGAAAAGUUCAUCAGAUUUAUAGAAGAAUGGCUAAAAGUAGUCGAUAUCGUAAUGGAACACAUUAGAUUGAAGAUGGCUACCAUAAAGUGUCAGAUAAGAAAAGUCAAGCUGCAGCUGAAGCAGAGAAAAGAACUGGGCGAGGCUCUACGCGCCGUAGAUUUCGAACAAUUGAACAUAGAAACACAAGUCGGCAUACGAAAAAUCGACGAGAAGAAUCAGUAUGUGCUCGAAAUGAAGAGAAUCGCGGGUCGCUCUAGUAUUACAUUGAGCAAACACAAAGAAAAAGUGGAUCGCUUGAUGUUAAUGAUGAAUGAUGUGAGAGACAAAAUCGUUUCCAAAAAACAAGAGAUUGUGAAAUUGCAAUCGGAACAAAUUGCUGCAAAGAAUGUAAUAGAGAAAGAGGAAAAACAGCUUAAGUCGAUGAUAGAGUUAAUAGAAAAUUUUAAGGUUCCGAGUGUUAUAGAUUCAAUUAAAAUGCGUAUGGAACUACAAAAUUUAGAAAGAAUUCACAAGCAACUGAGCAGGCAACGAGAGAUUCAACGAAUAACACUGAAGUCUCAGAAACAAUUACAAGACGUAUCAUAAAUACACUAACAUAUUUGCGUAAAGAAUAUUGAAAAUUGAUAUUCUGUUAUUAUGGCAAAUGUAGUUUUGCUAAUCUUUGUUGUCAAAGUUUUUUUCUAUUUUUAAGAAAAAAUUCAAGCACCUAUCCGCUAUACUGUAUUGACAAUCUAAAUCGUAUAAAAUGGUAGACAGAAUUACACGAAAUCUAGAAGGUA